AUGUCUAGUCCAACCCCAUCACCUAUUCGUAAUAGAAGGAAAAGACAAGCUGAUGAUGAUGAUGACGAUCAAAAUAAUUAUAAUAGACUGCAACAACCUUCAUCACCUAUCUUAGCAUCAAGUCCUCAAGCUUUACCUCCUUCAUCUCCUGCUGCUGUUUUCGACGAUGCAGUUGAUGUUGAUGAUGAUGAAAUUGAAGUUCAUGAUGAAAUCAAUGAUUUACAAGAUGAAGAAAUUGAUGGAGAUGAUGAAGAUGAUGAAGAAGGAGAAGAUUUAAUGGAUAAUAUGGAACGAGAUUAUAUUAGAAAAGAUGAUGAGGAUCGUUAUGAUUUAGGAGAUAAUAUCGAUGAUGAUGAAUAUGAUGCUAUGGAUCCAUCUAUGAGAAGAAGAAUCGAUGAACAAUUGAAUCGUCGUGAUAAUUUAUUAAAUAUUAAUUCAAGAUCAAGAAAACAAGCAUUUUUAGAUUAUGGUGAUGAAGAUCAAGAUGAUGAUGAAGAUGGUGCCUUUGGUGGCCAAUUGGAUCAAUAUGGUUUACCUAUUCAAAGAAGAAGAAGAAGAAGACAUGAUGAUGAUAUGGAAGGAGGUGAAGAUGAUAUCGAUGAUAUUGAAAUUGAUCCAUUAAAUGAAGAAUUAUCAUUAGAAAGUUUAACUGAUAUAAAAGCUCCAAGUAUUACGGAAUGGAUUACUCAACCAGCAGUUCAAAGAUCAAUUUCUCGUGAAUUAAAAUCAUUCUUAUUAGAAUAUACUGAUGAUAAAGGUAGAUCUGUUUAUGGGGCAAGAAUUAGAACUUUAGGUGAAAUUAAUGCUGAAUCAUUAGAUGUUAGUUAUGAUCAUUUAGCUGAUUCAAAAGCUAUCUUAGCCUUAUUCUUAGCUACUUCACCAGCUGAAAUCUUAUCUAUUUUUGAUAUUGUUGCUAUGGAAGCUACUGAAUUACAUUAUCCAAAUUAUUCUCAAAUUCAUUCUGAAAUUCAUGUUAGAAUUAUAAAUUUUCCAAAAUUAUUAAAUUUAAGAGAUUUACGUGAAAAUAAUUUAAAUCAAUUGAUUAAAGUAAGUGGUGUUGUCACCAGAAGAACUGGUGUGUUUCCACAAUUAAAAUAUGUUAAAUUUGAUUGUCAAAAAUGUGGUAUUGUAUUAGGUCCAUUCGUUCAAGAUUCAAAUACCGAAGUUAAAAUUCAAUAUUGUUCAAAUUGUCAAUCAAAAGGUCCAUUUAAAUUAAAUUCUGAAAAAACCUUAUAUAGAAAUUAUCAAAGAAUAACCUUACAAGAGGCUCCUGGUACGGUUCCAGCCGGUAGAUUACCAAGACAUCGUGAAGUGAUCUUAUUGAGUGAUUUAGUCGAUGUGGCUAAACCAGGUGAAGCUAUUGAAGUUACUGGUAUUUAUAAAAAUAAUUAUGAUGGAAAUUUAAAUGUUAAGAAUGGAUUCCCGGUGUUUGCAACUAUACUUGAAGCUAAUUCUAUUCAAAAGAAAGAUCUUUCAAGUAAUUCAAGUUUAUAUACUGAAGAAGAAGAACGUGAAUUUAGGAAUUUAAGUAAACAAAGAGGUAUCAUUGAUAAAAUCAUUUCAUCAGUUGCUCCAUCGAUUUAUGGUCAUAAAGAUAUUAAAACUGCACUUGCAUGUUCAUUAUUUGGUGGGGUUCCAAAAGAUGUUAAUGGUAAACAUUCUAUUAGAGGAGAUAUAAAUGUAUUAUUAUUAGGUGAUCCUGGUACUGCCAAAUCUCAAUUUUUAAAAUAUGCUGAAAAAUCAGCUAAUAGAGCAGUAUUUGCUACUGGUCAAGGUGCUUCUGCUGUUGGUUUAACUGCAUCAGUUAGAAAAGAUCCUAUUACAAGAGAAUGGACUUUAGAAGGUGGUGCAUUAGUAUUGGCAGAUAAAGGAACUUGUUUAAUUGAUGAAUUUGAUAAAAUGAAUGAUCAAGAUAGAACUUCGAUUCAUGAAGCUAUGGAACAACAAUCGAUUUCGAUUUCUAAAGCUGGUAUUGUUACUACUUUACAAGCUAGAUGUGCUAUUAUAGCCGCUGCUAAUCCAAAUGGUGGGAGAUAUAAUUCUACAUUACCAUUAUCUGCUAAUGUUGAUUUAACUGAACCUAUUUUAUCAAGAUUUGAUAUUUUAUGUGUGGUACGUGAUUUAGUUAAUCCUGAACUGGAUGAAAGAUUAGCUAGUUUUGUGAUUGAUAGUCAUAUGAGAUCACAUCCUUCAAAUGCUGAUGAAUUAGAAGAUGAUGAAAUCAAUAUGGAUGAUGAAAAUAAUAAUGAUCAAGAUUCUCAUUUAAGAACAAGAAAUGAAAAGUUAAAUGAUUUAAAUAAACAAAAGGAAAGUGAAAUCUCUCCUAUUAGUCAAGAUUUAUUAGUGAAAUAUAUUAAUUAUGCUAGAGUUAAAGUCCAUCCAAAAUUACAUCAAAUGGAUAUGGAUAAAGUUGCUCGAGUUUAUGCCGAAUUAAGAAAAGAAUCAAUGGCAACUGGAUCAUUCCCAAUUACAGUUCGUCAUUUAGAAAGUAUAUUAAGAAUAGCUGAAGCAUUUGCCAAGAUGAGAUUAAGUGAUUUCGUUAGUCAAAGUGAUUUAAAUAGAGCUAUUAAAGUAAGUAUUGAUAGUUUUGUGGGAACUCAAAAAGUAAGUGUUAAAAAACAAUUACAAGCUAAAUUCCAAAAAUUCACCUUACCAACCAGAUCAAAACAAGUAUGA